UCAUUCCACUCGCUCUUCAUUCCCCAAUCCUGUGGCCUUUUUCUUCUCUUUCUUUUCAUGCAUUCACUGAACAAGCAGCAGCGGCAGCGGGAACUUCCUCCGACCGAGCUCCGGCGGCCGGCCGCCGGAAUGUGCGAUUUCGCCAUGAUUAAAACUAAGAAUGCUCGUCGGAGGCGGCUCAGAGUUCGUAAACUCAGGUACAAUUGGCAAAGGAAGAUACACGCCGCCGAUGUAGGCGAAAAGGAGCAUGGAGCUCCGGAAUCGAAUGAUAAUCUAGUCGCUCGGAAGGAAUCGAUGGCUGUGUCGGCGUCUGAUUCUGAAAGUAGCGGUUCCGAUUGCGGGCCGUACAGCGAGAUGUCGAUUAUAGGGCGGAGGAAAGAGAUGGAAGAUGAAGUGAGAGUUGAAUUAGGAUUGACGGCGGUUAAUGAUGCGAGGUACGAUUUCUUCGCGGUGUACGACGGCCACGGCGGGGCACAGGUGGCGCAGGUGUGCCGUGAGCGGUUGCACCGGAUAGUGGCGGAGGAGAUUGUAGAUCGGGGGGAGAUGGAUGGGGCGGAGUGGGAGAGAUUGAUGGAGAGGUGCUUCGAGAGAAUGGAUGAGGAAGUGAGCAGCGGCGCCGCCGUGAUGAAGACGGUGGGGUCGGCGGUGGUGACGGCGGUGAUCGGAGAGGAGGAGAUGGUGGUGGCGAAUUGCGGGGAUUGUCGAGCCGUCUUGGCUAGGGACGGUAUUGCCUUGCCCUUGUCUAACGAUCAUAAGCCUGGCAGAGCUGAUGAGUUGAGGAGAAUUGAAUCUGCCGGUGGAAGGGUCAUAAACUGGAAUGGCUACCGGGUGCUAGGAGUUCUUGCCACUUCGAGAUCGAUCGGUGAUGAAUAUCUUAAACCGUUUGUCAUCUCCAAACCAGAAGUUACAGUGACUAAGCGAACGAACAACGACGAGUUCCUCAUACUCGGAAGCGAUGGCCUGUGGGAUGUUGUAUCGAACGAGAUUGCCUGCAACGUAGUGAGGAGAUGUUUUGGAGGCAAAAUGAAGAGGAUUUCGUUAAAGGUGGCAAACGACAGCCAUGUUGCUGAAGCUGCAGCCGUUUUGGCGGAGCUCGCGGUGGCUCGUGGAAGCAAGGACAACAUCAGUGUUAUAGUAGUAGAUUUGAGGAAACGGAACAGUUCCUCUACUUAACACAGCAUGCUGCCUUGCCAUCCAUAGCAUCAUCGGAAUCCAAGUUUCGUGUAGACUUUUUCAAACUCGACUCUACCGCAAGCUCGCGAGGAUUCAUUUUGACUGUGGAUAGAGGUAUGCUUCUGCUAUGACAAUCGUGCUGAAAAUGACUGUAGAAUUAAGUAACAGCAACGAUGAAAUAACAUCUAAUUCAUUUUCUCUAUAACUUGUUCUUCAAUGUAUAUUUAUAUCUUACAUCGAGUGUAAGAUGUGCCUUUUCUACAUUCCGAAAUCGCUGUAAGACAACGGUUUUCUUGAUGCAUAUGGCUUUCGAUCCGAGUACUAUCGAAUGUCGGUCUUCAUUGCUAUUCUAGUAGAGCAGUCAGCCUCAUUACCAUAAGUUACAUUUGAAAAAGUUAAUGUAAUCAAGAUGAAGGCUAUGUGCACACACUCAAUUUAAUGCUCAUAUUAUCCUCUCAUGAUUGGAA